CGCCCCACUGGUGGAGGUCGGAGAAGCUCUGCAGCUUCUGCCUGGUCUGGGCGUCUGGGGACACUUCUCACCACUUCGGGGUUUUUGGGACAUUUCAUCGUUGGCUGGUCUCUUCUUCAGCCAGCUGCACACCUUGACUUCAACUUAUAGACAGAGCGGAUCUAUUCUGCACCCUUUCCUCACAUCUCACUUUGCACCGGGAUUCUUGGACGCAGACUUGAAUGCACCAAGUCUGCUAACCUUUUAAAAAGAAUUAGCUGCUGGUCAGCUGGUUGAUCAGAUCUUUUCAGCUUUUUUUUGCUUCCAGCUUUCUCUAUUUUUUUCCUCUUCACCCCCGGGCCUGACUGACCGAACUGUGAGCGCUACUAAAGUUGGCUUCCAUUUAGGGGUCUCUCUGUGGUGGUGGCAACAUCCUUUGAGUGGCUGCAAGAGCUGAGGAAAAGAGAGAAAUCUGAUUUGGGGAAGAAGACCUAGGAAGGUUUUUUUGGGGCUGCGUUUCUUUGGACUGUCUGAACUUCUGCUGGCAUCAGUUUAUCCACACCUGGGUUCCCACCUUCGGAUUAAAAGCAAUAACUCUGCUUCCUGGACACUUUUGAGUUUAAUAAGCACCAGAAAAAAAGAAAACAACCAAGUUCGCCAUGGCUGGGCACUUGGGCAGAGAGUUAGACCGCCCCUAUCCUUUCCCUGUCCAAGGGCUUCACCUUGGCAACAUCCCUGCUGUUCCUCACCAUGAAGCUAGUGGAGGCUUCUUGCCUGAAGCCUUCAGUGGGGCAGCCCCUGGGCAGGGAUUUGGGUUCAGGCCCGACUACGGGCCUCCGGGAGGGAUGCUCGAGUCCCACCCCGGCGGAGGGGAAGCCCCCCGGACUUGGUACCCCUUCUCUGCUGGAGAUGCCUGGAGUCACCACCCCGGGGUGAUGAUGGGAGCUUAUGGGGUCCCUCAGCCCGGGGAAGCCACUUGCCAAGGCCCCAAACCUGACAUCAAAGUGGAGCCUGACUUUGAGCAGCCGGGGCCCUCCUAUGUGCACACCUGGGCAGGUGGCUGCCUUGUGCCGAACCCCUCGGCCUGCAUUGCGCCUGGAGACAGCGGUGAAGCUGCUUCACCCGGCGACGAGCCCCAGCGCUCCAGCAGCCCCGCUAGCCAGGAUGAUGAUCUGGGCAGCCUGACUGGCAGCGAGGAGACCAGUCCCCAGAGUAAUGGCAGCAGCAGCCCCGGUGGGCAGGCAGCCUCUGGAGAAGUCAAGGAGGAUGGCGGCGGCAGCGGAGAUGAGGUUCCUAUUACUACCUCUGAGGAUCUGGAAGAGUUUGCCAAAUUGCUGAAGCACAAAAGAAUUUCGCUGGGCUUUACUCAGGCAGACGUGGGACUGGCCCUGGGUCUGCUGUAUGGGAAGAUGUUCAGCCAGACCACGAUCUGCCGCUUCGAAGCCUUGCAGCUCAGCUUCAAGAACAUGUGCAAACUGAAGCCCCUCCUCCAGCGCUGGCUGGAAGAAGCUGAUUCCAACGAGAAUUUGCAGGAGCAGCUGUGCUCCAUGGAGUCUGCCAUGAUCCAAGCCCGGAAACGUAAACGUACCAGCAUUGAGAACAGCGUGCGGGGCACCCUCGAGUCUUACUUCCUGCGCUGCCCCAAGCCCAACGUGGACGAGAUCGAGCAGAUUGCUGAUAACCUCAGCCUGGAGAAGGAUGUUGUCCGCGUCUGGUUCUGCAACCGCCGCCAGAAGGGCAGGCGCAACUUAGGGGCUGGCUCGCGGGAUGAUUACGACGGGCCGGCCCUCCCGCCUCCCUUCCCUCAUGGCGCGCGCCAGGCUCCGCCCCCCGGGCUCGGCCCCGCCCACCACCAGCUGGGCCCACCCCACCAGGGCUACAAUGGCGCUGCCUUCGCUGCCCUGUACCUGCCCCCGUUCCACGAAGGGGACGCCUUCGUCCCUUCCCCCUCUGGCUCUGCCGUCAUGGGCCACCCAAUGCAUUCAAGCUGAAGAGCCCCCCCCUUUUAAACAAGCUUCUCCCUCCUAAGCCUUAGUCGGGAAGAAGCCCCUCAGGCUACUUCCUUGCUUUCUAACUAAGGAGCCUUUAAGAAAGGGGUUGUCUAAUUUUUGUCUUUUAUUUUUUGCUUUUUAAAUCAGGCAUGCAGGACUUCUUGGCGGUAUUGCAAUUUUGAGGGGAAACGGGCGAGGCAUCUAGUUUUUUUAUUGUAACCGUGGUUUUAAAUUGCUGCUCAUCACACUCCCGAGGCGAGAAAAUGGUGCCCCUAGAACACGCAUAGGCAACCUUCGGCCCUUGAGACUACAAUUCCCAUCAUCCCUGACCACUGGUCCUGUUAGCUAGGGAUAGUGGGAGUUGUAAGCCAAAACAUCUGGAGCGCCGAAGGUUGCCUAUGCCUGCCCUAGAAGCAUCAAUGGGGACUUUUAGCAAAAAGAGUUCUAGUUUGCUGGAGCCAUCUUUUUAAUCUCCAUUGUAUCACUACAAUUGUAAUCUGGACAUAAGCCCUCUUUCUCUCUCUAUCUCCCCCUCCAAGACUGAAAGAAUUGACAGCAGCCUUUGCCAAUUUGCUGCCAUCCAGAUGUUUGGACUACCAUCAGUCCCAGUCAGCACAGCUGCUCUGUCUUGGUCUGAUGGGACUCGUAGUCCAAAACAUCUGGAAGGCACUGGGUUGGGGAAGGCUGAUCUACUGACUUUAGCAGCCGGAGAAGAAUCAUGCUUUUAAGUUCAGCAUUUUAAAGAAGCAUUCUCCUGUUGAGAUCGGUGAGGCUUAGAAGUGCUUUAACAAUGGCCUGGUAGACAAACAGCAGUUGAGAUGCAAAACUUAACACUUUGAUUCUGCAGUUGACAACUGGGUGGUUCAGUUUUCCUC